CAUCCCUUGUGGACGCUGCGUGUAGACUUUAAAAGCUCCAGAAAGCACGCACGCACACACACACACACGCAAAAAACACACCCGGUGCUCUCACACGCUGUCAGUGCUAUAACGAAGUGCUCGCAUGCUCCAGAGUCACGACUAACAAUAUCGUUGCGGCCACGACAAGUCGCUGGUGCUCCCCCCAGAGAGUGUUCGGUGCCGGAGGAGGGUGGUUGGUGGUGCAUUGUGUCAAUCAUAGCAGACGAAGGGCGCCGCCCCAGUGACCUGAGUGUUGGGGUGCUGAUGUUAUGACGUCAGCGAGGUCAACGGAGAGCAGAGGAGGGUCAGCACAGUGAAGAUGGCUCUCAUUAUGUGGCCCCGUAACGUGGACAGUAGCCAGCUGACAGCUGAUCCGCUUCGAAAAAUGGACAGAGACCGUAUGAGCUCGCCGACAACCAGAGAGGGCAGCAGCGUCAACGGGUGCGAGAGGGAAGACGCCGUCAGCGACUGCGGCAGCGAUGGCGUCCACGACCACACCCUCGACGACUCCAUGGAUGGCACCACCCCGCCCACCUCCUCCUCCGACGUGCCCACGCCCACUGCGCGCCCCCGCACGCCCACGCCCAUCAGCCUGGUGCAGAGCCACGUCCCGCACCACGCCCAGAUGCAGCUCCCGCCCACUCCCAGACACUUCCACCCCGUCAUCAACCUGGCUCGUGACCUGACCAGCCGCUCCAGUAAUGGCGGCCGCUCCCCAACACCGUCACCACCUCCCAUGAUGCCUCCACACACCUCGGCCGCCCUCCCGUGCCCAUCUCCCACGCCCACGGUCACCCACACGCCCAUCACGAGCGCUACCUCGCCCACCACCGCUCCUGCCGCGGCCCACUCCGUUCAGGCUGCCCUCGCUGCCAUCCAAGCUGGCUCACUCUCCAUCAACCAGCUGAUGGCACUCGGAGCCCAAGGUCCUGGACUUCUGAUGCAGAACCAGUUGGCAGCCGCCGCCGCCGCUGCCAACCAACUACCUGUGUCAUCGCCACUGCCAAGUCUUGGGUCACUCAACCCUCAAGAGCUACAGGCUCUCCAGCAGACUCUGUCACAACAGCAGCAACAGAUACAGCAGCAAUUGCAGCAAUUUAUGUUAUUCUCACAGCCCAGUGCAGCAUCACAAUUGCCACCUCAGGCUCAACUUUUCCUUCAGAGUCAGCAGUUGCAGUAUUUACAAAAUUUACUGCAGCAAGGCCUCUUAGCAUCUCCAGGGAUUGCAGGUAUGCAAGGGCUACAGCCACCAGUGUCCCAGGCACCCUCUCAAGCAGCACAGGUCCGUAAUGUGCAACAUGCCGUAGCACAAGCUGCUCAGCAACUCCAGCAGCUUCAGAAGGCUCACCAGCAACAUCAACAACAGCAGCAUCAACAACAGCAACAGCAGCACCAGCACCAGCAACCUCCAAGAGAUAUAAGAGACUUGAGAGAUAUACGUGAUUUGCGAGACAUUAGAGACCUGAGGGAAGUACCAAUGCGAGAUAUGAGAGAUAUUCGUGAGCCCCCACUUCGGCCACCACCUCUUGAGCCUUCGCAUAUCUCGGGUUCACCACUGGCACCUCACUUGCCACCACAUGGUCACAUGGCUCGGCCUCCAAUGCCCCAUUCACCACCACCACCACCUCGCCACUGGGAACCACUCCCAGAAGAGCCAACAGAUUUGGAGGAAUUGGAACAAUUUGCUAAAACCUUUAAACAACGACGCAUCAAACUAGGUUUUACCCAGGGUGAUGUAGGAUUGGCUAUGGGCAAAUUGUAUGGCAAUGACUUCUCUCAAACCACCAUCAGCCGCUUUGAGGCACUAAACCUCUCCUUCAAGAAUAUGUGUAAACUGAAACCACUGCUUCAGAAGUGGCUAACAGAUGCUGACAAGACUAUUUCUGAUCCAACAACUGUCAGCAACUCCCUUUCAUCACCUGAUGCAGUUGGUCGUCGACGAAAGAAGCGUACCUCUAUUGAAACUAGUGUACGUGUCGCUCUUGAGCGAGCCUUCAUCCAGAACCCUAAGCCCACCUCAGAGGAGAUCUCAAUGCUUGCAGAUAACCUCUCAAUGGAAAAAGAGGUAGUCAGGGUCUGGUUCUGUAACAGACGUCAGAAGGAGAAACGAAUAAACCCACCAUCGAGUGGGAUGAUCAGUCCACCACUGAGUUUGACCAGCACCAAUAUGUUUUCUGGGCCGCCAAUUUCAUCAGCCCUGACUCUCACCAGCUUGGGGGCGCCUCCACUUUCUCCUGGGGGCCCCCUUCCAUCGCCGCUUUCCUUGGUCACUCACAGUUAUCCUCCAGCUUCGCCUCCUGAAACUGCUUCGACAAAAUCAGAGUAGCUAUCUGCUGGGCGUCAGUGCUUAGGGCUGCUGGGCUGUGAGUCACAGUCUGCCUGGCAGGGACACCCUAGUGCCAGCCCUCCCCUGACCGCCCUGCCCGCUCCUUUAGUGCAAUGCCCAACCUUUCUUUUAGCGGUAAAUGGCGGCUGUAUGGGGCAUAUCAACUAUAGUCUCAAGAGGCAACAAUAUCAACACCUACCUUAUUGGUAGUGCCAAGUUGGUAUCACCAGGCCAUUGUUGCUAUCUUCAACUCCAUUAAGGAGAUCCUAUGUCAGUGUUGUAAGUGUUUGGUAUGUGCUGGUGGCAACAUGACUGUCACAAACUUGUCUAGCUUACAGUGCCACAUGCAAUCAUGGCUGCAAGUAACAGGCACGAUCAUAUCAGUGGUGAGGAGAUUUGCUCAGGGGACACAGGUGUACACUACAAGACUUAACUGAUUGUGUGAUACCUUUGAGACUUAAAAAUGAGAGAAAACAUAUAUUCAAGUGGUACUUUAGAUAAACUGUGGUAAAGUGAAAAGUGAAAGACAACUAAAGUUGCCAGAGUGCAAUGUGAAAUGAACAAAUGUGUAUCGGGUAUGUAAUCUGUUCGUCCCUCCUGAGUCAUCUCGCACACAGAAGCAAAUUACAGCCAGUGGCUAGGCUCCCCACUCACGUACCUGUCUCUUACCGGGACUACUAAUAUCAGCAACUGUGGCCUCAGUGCUUACCAAUCUAGUAUUUUCUUAGUUUAACUACAUAACUUAUAUUUGAAAAUUAGGGCCCUAUAGAAAGUGGUUGGUGUUUCUGAUAGUGGGGGUCCAAGCCACAAAAGGCAGGCAAGAACCUUGGCAAUAGCUUGUAAGAAGAAUGGGGUAAAAUGGGAAAGUGUUUUUAUGUGUAGUGUGUAGAUAAACGACUGAUUUCUGUAUUAUCAUUGGAAUACUGUCUAUGUGGCUUAUUUUAUCUAUGAGUACUAGUGUAUUAUUCUAGUAAUGUCUACUUAAACGAUCUUGCCUGAUAUGAAAUGAAAGUUCCUGCAUAUAAAAUGAAGUACGUAAUUAUUAAGAUACCUCAACCAAACAUUGGUGUUGGGACGGUUGGACGACGCAGAGCAGGACAUAUCCAAGGUGCAUUUUUACUGUUGUAGCAUAGGUCGCGUGGUCCCUCACUUUGUCUGACUGCUCCCCUGCGUGUUCUUUACUCUGACGUUGUGAUUGUGUAGUUGAGGAUUAUAUUUUCUGUGGAUCCAUGAUGUUAGACUUUUAAGGGCUUAUUGUAUCAUCAUUGCCCCCUCAAAACAGUGUACAUACCCUCAUCUUGAGGUUGUUUGCUCCCUUCAUCCUGAUCUUGAGGUCAUCUUCUCUCCAGUGCCCCCUUACCCCCAUAUUUUUUCCUUGUGUUAAGGAUUUAUAUCUCUCCUUGAUCUAUUGAAUACUUCCACCAAUAUCACUCUUUAAAAUGAACCCAUUCUUAGAAAAACAAUAUUAUCAUGCCCUUAGUACAUGAGACCCCACAAGAUGCCCUGGUUUAAUGUCUGAUAAUUUUGCUGUCUUCCAGAGGAAGAAGUCACUCGAGUGAUCAAGUGAGGACUGCAAGUCCUUCGUUUAAGGCACAUCAGCUGUGUCACAGUUUAAAAUGGCACAUUUAACGGUGAUAAAUAUAUUUUAAAUGACUUCUGCAAAUCUCUAGAAUAAGAAGUUGCUUUUGAAGCAAACUAAAAUUUGUGGGUCCACUGUCCCCUCCUUCCCUAAUGUUGGUCACUGGCUGAUUUCAGGUUAAUAAUAUUGGCCUUAUCUUGGGUUGGGGGGGAUAGUUCCUAUUAUGCUCCUGCCCAGUCUCAUGUUCACCAUCCAGAAUUGUCCCCUCUCAUUAACCCAAUAUCAGACCCAAAUGUCAUCCAUGCAUAACCCAUCCUAACCUUAACACCCUGACCUUGUUGCCUGUAUAGGUUGCCGUGUGAUCUGUCAUCUCUCCCAAAACUCAUUACUGUGUGUGUGUGUGUGUGUGUGUGUGUGUGUGUGUGUGUGUGUGUGUGUGUGUGUGUGUGUGUGUGUGUGUGUGUGUGUGUGUGUGUGUGUGUGUGUGUGUGUGUGUGUGUGUGUGUGUGUGUGUGUGUGUUGGUUGAACAUGAUGAACCUGGACAUGAUGCAAGUGUAACUGGUUACUAGGACUAGUGAAUUACAUGUGUACAGUUUGUCUAUUAUUGUUGGUGGGCUAUACACAUAUAUUACUGAAAGUCCUGGUAUACUUUGAGCAUGUUUAUCAGCAGGUCGUUGUAGGCACAUGUGGUCACUUAAACUGAAAAGGAUUUGUAUGUGCUGAUUAUAUAGACUGGUCAUCUGUUAAUGUGAUACGUACCAAACCUUGGUGUGCAAUACAUAGACCAGAUGAUCAGUUUAUAUCUGGUGUACAGAUGUGUAACUCAUUUUUACUGUAGCUUGCCAGUACCCAGUACUUUCCGUCACUGACAACCAUGUAACAUUCAUCCCCGUCUUUGUCAAUGUUGGUUGUUCAAGCAGUUAGAAAACUGUAUAUUUUCCAGUCAAAACAUACCUAAGAUUUUUGAUGUGUGGUAACAAAAAAUGCGUAUCCCUUUAAGGUGUAAAAAGAUCCACCAGAAAGUCAUGCCUUCCAGACAGUGAAUAUCCUCCAGUCGUCUCAACUCAGGAGUAUUAAAUUAUAGCAUAAAACAUUGGGGGAUGUGCACUGUCAUCAUGGCUGCAAUAGUCCUGAUUGGAGGAGAGCUGACACGUACUUACACUAUUGUAGCUUGUGUUUGACAAGAGUUGGUAGGUACUAGAAGGAUUUUUCCAUUGUGACUUGCUGAUUAUUUUGAGUGGAAUAACUGAAUUAACUUUGUUGUAUUUCAUGCUUGGUCACUUCACAAGAUUAAUGGUACACUAUGUUAUUAAAUAUAACUUGGUUGCACUCUGUUUAUUGUACCUAAAGCUUAGUCAUGUUAUCAUUAGCAAGCAUGAAUUACUAUUAAUAACAAUUGGCAUAUUAUAAUGUGUUAAACUGUGGUUAUUUGUUUGGGUUGACACUGCAUGGAUCGAGCAGAAGAUAUGGCAAAAAUGCCUGUUGCAUUUACCUGGAGCAUUUUAGAUUUUCUCGACUUAAAUCCCGGUUUCAUAGUUACAAAUGGUGGAUGGUUUCUGGUGAAAUUGUGUUGUUUUCCAUAAUUAUUAUAUUUGUUGGGCAUUAUGCAAACACCUGAAAUGAACGCACUCUUGCAGCAUAGAUUAGAAUGACUUCCCUUUUUUUUAUUUUGAUUGCACUGCAUACAGCAUUUGUUAUUUUAAAUAUUUUGCAGUUGACAUUCCAUGUAACAGUAAUUAAUAUCCCCCACCAGCCAUAAACUAAUAACUUUUUCUACUUUGCAAGCAAAAUGCAGAUUAUAAAGUCCUUUUACAGAUAUCCUGUCCAGUCAGUCAGUCAUUAAUAAAUACUAAAACCUUAAUUUAAAAUAGACUUUUACUCGCUACAAAUUGUGGAGUUCAUUGACUAAACGCAGACAAACUGUGACCCUCUUAACACUUCCAAUGUAAAGCGUUUAUUUAAAUAAUGUGAGUGUUGUUCAGCGUGUGAUACGUCUCUCCCUCUUCAGUAGUGAGUGAGAGGUACCAAGUUACAUAUGUGAUACUCUACUGGAGGGAGUACGGUCAACUCCAUUAUAGUUUUUCUAUUUAAUAUUUUGUUGUAUGUCACCACCCUACAAAACCUGGAAAUGAAAUGCCUUGAAUCAUUCAGCUCAGUUUACAGACUUUUGGAACAACUGUUUUGUUAUUGUUGGUACUUGUUUACACUAUAUAUCUAGUAGUUAUUUAAAAAUGUUUGACUUGUUGUCAUCUUAUUUUAGUUUAUAUUUAAAUGUUUCCAUUACUGGUUUCUUCUCAAUUUCUCAAUAUCUUGCUUCUUUUUGUGUCUAGUCCUAUCUUUUUCACCAUUUAUUCAACAAGCUGACCAUACAGUUAAGCUCUAGUCCAUACUUUUAUAGCUCGUCUUAACCUGCCAUCUUUAUCUUCUGUUGUCUCCUGCAGGAAGAGCUGUCAGACUGUCAGUAUGUAAAUAUAGUUGUAGCCUGAGUCUUUUAGUUUGAUUGCUCACUCAUCACAAUAAAUUGUAACAGCUGAUUGAUUUAAGGCGUUCCAUAUUUUUUUAAUACUUUUUAUCUCCUUUUGUGUCAAAAGUUAUUUAUCAUUUUUUUUACUACAGUAUUUAUAAUAGGUGUAAUAUGUUAGAUUGGAAUAAGUUUGAAUUGGGCAAAAACAGUUUAGGCUUUUGGCUUCUAGGGAGGUGUUCAGUGUAGGCUUGUGGAGGGAAUAAUGCCAGUUUACAUUUUAUACAACAAAAUGUAGUGCAUUUCUUUACUGUGAAAGUUGUGACCAGUAUAUGAAUUCAUCCUCCUGUAUUAACAGAGGAAGUUAUACAGUUUUGGUUUGAAAGGCCAGAAUGGCACAAGGUGUCUGUGUACAGGCUAAAUCAUAAACUACAAGUGUUUGCCCAAGGCCCACAAGCAUGUUUUAAAGACACUAUAAAAGUAAUAGUGUUGAAAAAAUUUAUGAUGAUUCCGAAGGUAUGUAGGGAGACGAGCUGUUCUCAUAAUGUCUGUAUAGCGCCAUGUACAAAGGAAAUGAUUUUUGUUAUCAAUCAUUUUAUAGAUGCAAAUAAAGAGGUGUAAAAAUUAGAAGGCAAAAAA